AGCCCCAUUGCAGCUUUCAAUUCUCAUCACCUUAGUUUUCAACUUUCAGCGACAAAAAAAAACACCAAAGAUCACUCAAACAACUCAUCAACAAUGGCUAUGGCUUUCAAGAUGGCUACGACCGGGAUGUGGGUCGCCGAUGAGUGCAAGAACUCAUUCAUGGAGAUGAAAUGGAAGAAAGUGCAUCGAUACAUAGUGUUCAAGAUCGACGAAAAAUCGAAGCUGGUGACCGUCGACAAGGUCGGCGGUGCCGGCGAAAGCUAUGAUGAUUUCGCAGCCUCGUUGCCCACCGAUGAUUGCCGAUAUGCAGUGUUCGAUUUCGAUUUCGUCACCGUUGAUAAUUGCCGGAAAAGCAAGAUCUUCUUCAUUGCAUGGUCCCCAACAGCAUCAAGGAUAAGAGCAAAAAUGUUGUAUGCAACAUCAAAAGAUGGGCUAAGGAGAGUGCUUGAUGGCAUCCACUAUGAAGUUCAAGCAACUGAUCCAACUGAGAUGGGGAUGGAUGUUAUUAAGCAUAAAGCUUAUUAGAACACUAAUUAUAAUACGGUGAAAAUUAAUUUUCUGGAGAUUCGACGUUCGUGAUUAUUUCUCUUAACAAUGUCGUGUCUUUGAGGUUUAAAUUUGAGUUUUUUUUUAAGAGUAUAAUGUAUCUUACAACUGCAAUCCUUGUUACUGUAUAAAUCAUGUUUAUCAACUUCUUACUUUUAAUCACUCGAUGUGCUUUUUUAAAAAAAUACUUUUUUGCCUAGAUUCUUUAACACCUUUUGUAAUCUAAUCCUCUAAUUUGUAAUAAUAUUUUGAUGUUGAAUGCGUGCUAAUUUGAGGACAAA